UUCAUCGUUGCAGUUGGCGCUUUAUACAAUAUAUAAUAGACUAGCUACUACGAAGCUAGCUAGCUCCUAUAUAUUAAUCGCCAUCGAUUCAUUGAUGAUCAGGAAGAAGAAGAGCACUGUACUUGUUAUUAAGGAAACAGAGGGGCCGGCCAUCGACGAUCCAACUGUAGUGCGUAGUGAAUUAGAUAGGUAGCUAGCUAGGCAGAGAGGCUUAAUUUUAACUCCUAUUUAUUUGAUUGUGAUCUUCUUGUGUUAUUUUAAUCAAUACACACAAUUGAUCGAGGAUCGAAUAUACACACAUACAUACAUACAUACAUACAUAAGAUGUGCACUAGAGGCCACUGGAGGCCAGCUGAAGACGAGAAGCUUAGGGAGUUAGUGGAACGUUAUGGACCUCAUAACUGGAACGCAAUUGCAGAAAAGCUCCAAGGAAGAUCAGGAAAGAGCUGUAGGUUGAGAUGGUUCAAUCAGUUGGACCCAAGAAUCAACAGGAACCCUUUCACAGAAGAAGAAGAAGAGCGUCUCCUAGCCUCUCACCGUAUCCAUGGCAAUAGAUGGGCUAUUAUUGCAAGGCUUUUCCCGGGACGCACUGAUAACGCAGUGAAGAACCAUUGGCAUGUCAUCAUGGCACGCAGAUGCAGAGAAAGAUCUAGGCUUCACGCCAAAUUAAUGACUUCUUCUACUACUAGUACUGCUGUGCCUCAAUCGUCAUUAACGGCGUCCAAUAUUAACAUCGAUAUUCCAAAAUCCUUUUCAAAACAAGAUCACCUGCAAAUCAACUGUGAUAUCACGAGGAACCUUGAUGCAUAUAAUUAUUUUGGGAAAUUCUAUCCAGCUUUCACUCAUAAUCCUCCUCCUCCUCCAUUUCCAAGAGAGUUCUAUUAUCCAAAUACCUGUGUCACAAUGCACCAAGAUCAUAAAGAUCAGCCAAUUGAGUUUUAUGAUUUUCUCCAAGUAAAUACUGAGUCGAAUGGAAGUGAAGUGAUAGAUAAUGCAAGAAAGGAUGAGGAGGAGGUUGAUCAGGAAGCUGUGGGACGACAGAUAAGCAAGGCAGCUGGUGCUCCUUUUAUAGAGUUCUUGUCUGUUAAUGGAAGUUCUUAAU